GGCAGCUGCCCGACCGACACUCUGAGGAAGGGCUUGAGGAGGCGGAGGAGAACCUGUGGAGCGUUUUUUGGCAUUGGAGGAGGAAGAAGGGUGCUUGAGAUUUUUUGAAAUAAUACCUCCUCUUCGUCGUCUUCGUCAUAUUCAGAGGCUGGAACCCUGAAGGAACAUCUGCUGAGGUCUUUGGAGUUGUUUUUAUUUUUAUUUGGCGAGGGACUCCGCACGGGAUCGAAGAGGAUUUGGGACCUUGGACUGACGGCAGAGAGAUCAUGGCUCUGCUUCGCCUUUGGACCGCGGGGCUUAUGCUCGCCCUGGCCUGGUGCGUCUCCCCGGGCACGUCUGAGGAGUCGGGCCCGGUCGGCAUCGUGAAGAAGGAGAGCCGUCCAGUCCUGUCCAGGGUGAAGAGGGAAUGGAUCUGGAACUCUCUCUACGUGGAGGAGGAGAAACCGGCACCCAGUCCUUACAAGAUUGGACAGCUCAAAUCCAGUCAGCGAGUGGAGGUGAAGAGGUUCAAAAUCGAGGGAGAAGGCGCCGACAACAUCUUCACGGUGGACCAGAAAGGCGACCUGUUCGUCAGCAAGUCUUUGGACCGAGAGGAGAAGAGCUCGUACCAUUUGACCGCCAGGAUGUACGACGGCAACAACAAGCUCAUCGAAGACUCGGGAGACUUCGUGGUCCAGGUGACGGACAUCAACGACAACAGCCCCGUGUUCCCCAGAACUUACAAUGGAUCCAUCAUGGAGCGGUCCACCAUAGGAACCAAAGUGAUCGAGGUGAGGGCGACCGACGCCGACGACCCCACCACCGCCAACGGCGAGCUGCGCUACUCUCUGACGCCGGACGGCGACCUCGCCGCCUUUGAAAUCGACAGCAUCACAGGUAUGGUCAGCUGCAAGACCAGCGCUCUGGACCGCGAGACCAAGAGCCAGUACGUGGUGGUGGUGCGGGCUCAGGACAUGAGGGGAAUGGCCUCCGGCAGCACGUCCACCACCUCCGUCACCAUCACCAUCGGCGACACCAACGACAACAUCGCCUCCUUCACCAGACGCACCUACGAUCUGCAGGUUCCGGAGGACCACAAGUUGAACGAGAAGAUGGGGACUCUGGAGCUGGAGGACCGGGAUCAGAUCCAAAACAAGGAGCCCAUCUUCACGCUGCCCCACGACAACAAAGUGUUCUACGUGGACCUCAACCUCAACAAGGACGGCAACCUCAUGCUGCGUCAGGCCUUGGACUACGAGACCCGAAACAGUUACUCGUUUAGCGUGCAGGUGCGGGAAAACCUGCGAAACCUGCGCUACCCCGCUGACAACGUGGCCACGGCCGUCACCACAGCUCAGGUGAACGUCAGGGUGUUGGAUGUGGACGAGCCGCCCGUCUUUUCGCAGUCCGUCUACACCUUCAACGUGUUGGAGGAACGACUGGUGAACAAAGUCGGCACGAUCAGCGCCAAGGAUCCCGAUAAAGCCAACAGGAGCAUCCGAUACGCCAUCUUGGACAAGGACUGUCCGCUCGCUAUCAACCCAAUCACAGGGCAGCUGUCCACCCUGAGGACUCUGGACCGUGAGCUGCAGGCCACACACAUGUUCCAAGUUAAAGCCCAAGAGGAGCCAAGCGGGUUGGAGUCGUUCGUCAGAGUGAACAUCGUGGUGGACGACGUCAACGACAACAAGCCCGAACUGGCCGUGGACGAGAUCUUUGUCUGCGAGAACGACGCCGCAAAGACGGUGAUCGGAACGCUGCGAGCCACGGACAAAGACGACCAGCCCGCCUCCUUCACCUUCGCUCUGGCGAGUCCCAGCUCCAACUUCUCCAUCAGAGACUUUGGCAACAACACAGCGGACGUCCUGGUGGAACAAGGCUCCUUCAGCCUGGACGACCCCAGAGACUACAGCGUGGACGUUAGCAUCAGCGACGGAGGACGCCCCGUCCAGACCAGCACCACCAAACUGGCCAUUAAGGCGUGUCGCUGCGAUGCCAGGCGGAUUCCGACGCAAUGCAAGGCCGUGGCUCAGAAGAUGGGAGUAAGCGUCCACGUGCUGAUCGCCAUCCUUCUCUGCAUCCUCACCAUCUUGGUGAUCGUGAUUCUGUUCGUGAUGAAGAAACGCUUCCACAAGGACUCGCUGGCCGGCAUGAAGAACAGCGGCGAGAUUCACGAACAGCUGGUCACGUACGACGAGGAGGGCGGCGGCGAGAUGGACACUAACGGCUACGACGUCUCCAUCCUGACGUCGGCGUUCCACGACGGCUCCCUUCUCCGCCACCCGGACCGCCACCCCCACCCGUCCCUCUACGCCAUGGUCCAGAAGACGCAGCCGCCGCACCACGGCCAGCCCGCCGCCUGCAAGGGCGACAUGGCGGCCAUGAUCGAGGCGAAGAAGGACGAGGCGGACCACGACCGGGACGGCAUCCCGUACGACACGCUGCACAUCUACGGCUACGAGGGGCCCGAGUCCGUGGCGGGCAGCCUCAGCUCUCUGGGGAACUCCUCCAGCGGCUCGGACUCGGACUACGACUUCCUGAGCGACUGGGGGCCCAGGUUCAGGACCCUGGCCGAGCUGUACGGCGUGGACGAGUCCGACUACUACCACUAAAAGUCUUCUGGGGAACAUUCCGGAAUACUAAACAGCCAUAAACACACACACACACACACACACACACACGUAAAAAAA